GCUGUUCACACAUAAUGUGACUUUAAUUUUCGUAAAAUUUUUAUUACUAUAUUAAAAUAAAUAUAAAAAUUUUCAGUUCGUAUAAGACGAGUAAAUUUUUAAUAUUUACUGAAUUUAAUAUAACUAUAAUAACAUUAAUAAUGGAACUAAAUGAACGCUUACACAAUGCUGAUGGGCAGGAGAAGAAAUGGUUACCAACGAAAAUAUUCUGGAGACAGUUGUUCAUCAGCGUGGGCGUUUGGAACAUGUUGUUCAUGGCCGGCUUGUGUAUGGGUACGCCGACUGUUCUCAUCCCGCAGCUGCGACGAGAAGCCAACUCUACUGACGCCGUGGAUGAUGAGACCGCAUCUUGGUUAUAUUCUGUUUUCGGCGCAUGCACUCUACCCUGGGUGGUCAUAACCCUGUUAUUUACGCAGUAUUUCGGACGUCGAUGGCCUAUCAUUAUCGGCGUAUCCACUAUAUUCCUCGUCUUUUUAUUCAUGUCGUUAAGUUCAACAGCUAAACAGAUCCUUGUUGCAGAGAUAAUGGAAGGCUGUUUUCUAUCUUGCUGCCUAACCGUCUGCGUCAUCAUCUUGUCCGAGUAUACUAUACCAAAGUAUCGAGGUAUUUUUCUCUGUUUUAAAUCUAGUAGUUUCUUCUGGGGGCUUUGGAUCGCGAAUAUUAUAGGGACAUUCUUCCAUUGGAGGAACAUUCCAAUUUUGGGUAUGAUUGUCUGUUUUUACUCAUUAACUGCGUUCUUCUGGCCUGAAUCUCCACACUGGUUGGCCAGUAAGGGACGUUUUGAAGAGUGUAAAGCAUCCUACCGAUGGCUGCACGGCUGUGACGAGGAAACCGAACGUGAUUUAGCGACAUUGGUGAAAAGACAGACGGAUUACUUGAAGUUUCGUGCUGAAAAACAGAAAUCGUUUUAUUACUCACAGUAUACAUCGAAGGAGUUUUACAAACCUCUUUUCUUGAUAGUACUGGCUGUUACUCAGUAUCAUUUCUCAGGGAAGUUAGUUUGUAGUAUCUACGUGUUGGAAAUAACGAAAAAAAUAACAAAUAGUGAGAGCACAGCGUAUCUUAUUAUGCUGAUAUUGGACGGUGUAACGAUUUUAGGUAUUUUUAUAGGAUGUUUAUUAUCAAGGAUAUUGAACAGACGUACGAUGUAUCUUAGUUUUUCAGCGAUAGGUGUAGUCUUUCUCUUUCUAACUUCGCUUUAUUUAUAUUUAGUAAAAUUGUCCGUUGUUGUUGAGAAUAAUAUAUUCUCUAUAGUUUUAUUAACUUGUUUUUCGAUUGCCAUCAGUUGCGGUCCCAUGAUAAUGACCACAUCUGUAUACGGGGAAGUUAUACCUUUAAAACAUAAAACGUCUAUGUUCCUUAUAGCGAUAUUACUAUUCGAAACUUAUAAUGCUUUGUUAUUAAAGAAUGCGCCUAAGCUCUUCAAGAAUCUGGGAUUUCACGGUACGUUUUUAAUGUAUGGAAUUGUGACGGGUAUAUGUACGUAUCUUUUAUAUUUAUAUCUGCCAGAAACUAAAGAUAAAACGCUGGAGCAAAUUGAACAGCAGUUCGAAGAAGAAUCGAGAGCGCCAACGCCACCUGUCGAAGAAACUGAACUGUUCAUUACAAAGCAAUCUCAAUAAGUUUGCAAAA